CAGCUCAUCAAGUAAUGGCUACACAAGUUCUUUCUUUUUAGUUUCCCGCCCACAAGAUCCUUCGGUCUGUUACCACUCUCUCAAUUCAGCUGAGUUUGUGUGGCGGUGUGUGUUUGUUGUACAUAUACAUACAUACUCUGUACGUAUAUAACUUUCCAUUACUUUCAUUUCAUCGCUUCGUUAGCCCUCUCUCUCACCGCUCUCCCUCCCUCCCUCCCUCCCUCCCUCCCUCCCUCUCUCUCUCUCUCUCUCUCUUCUCUCUCUCUCUCUCUCUCUCUCUCGCUCUCGCUCUCUCGCUCUCUCUCCGCUUCCAACUUACUUUCUCUCUCUAGAAAUUUCACAAUCAGCUUCGUUCCUCUCCGUCGAUCGCGCUCGUUCCUGUUCGUCAAUCACCUGACUCUUCUCAACUCGCAAUGAGAGCGUCGUCUCAAGAGCAGAUGCCGUCGGCGAGUCAAGCAGCUCAUCUGCGGCGAUCGUCUCGCAGCGCUGCCCUAACAAACCAUCCAGUUGAAGUUUUUGAUAAUGAAGUGGUCCCUGCCUCUCUCCAGUCGUCGAUCGCUCCAAUUCUUCGUGUAGCUGCAGAAAUCCAAAGCUCACAUCCUCGUGUUGCUUAUCUCUGUCGAGCUUAUGCACUUGACAAAACGGACAGAACGGAUCCAAACUCUAAUGGUAGAGGGGUGAUGCAGUUCAAAACAAGCCUUCUACAACGGCUGAACAGGGAUGAGGUUUCAAGUCUUGCCUCCAGGGUUAAAGAAUCUGAUGCCAAGGAAAUUGGUGCCUUUUAUUAUGAGCACUACACUAGAGUCCUGGACAAGGGAGAUCAAGCAGACAGAGCCCAACUGGGAAAAGCUUACCAGACCGCUAAUGUUCUUUUUGAAGUCCUAUGCGCUGUUAAUAUCUCUGAGGAAGUGGAAGAAGUUGCUCCUGAGAUUAUUGCUGCAGCAAAAGAUGUCCAAGCAAAGAAAAAACUUUAUGCUCCCUAUAACAUUCUCCCACUGGAUUCCUCUGGGGAAACACAGGCCAUCAUGCAGUUUAAAGAGGUUAUAGCAGCUGUGGAUGCACUACGAAACACGAGUAGUCUGAAUUGGCCACCCCAAUCUGAUCAGUACAGGAGUAAAUCAGGAGAACUGGAUGUUCUUGACUGGCUAAGGGUCAUGUUCGGGUUUCAGAGAGACAAUGUCAGGAACCAGAGAGAGAAUUUGAUCUUGCUUCUUUCAAAUGUUCAUAUUAAGCUUAUUCCAAAGCCCGAACCAAGUAACAAGCUAGAUGAUCGAGCUGUGAAUGCUGUCACAAACAAGCUUUUUAAAAACUAUAAGACAUGGUGCAAAUACAUGGGAAGAAAACAUAGUUUACGUCUGCCUCAAGGGCAGCAAGAAAUUCAACAAAGAAAGAUACUUUACAUGGGGCUUUAUUUUCUCAUCUGGGGUGAAGCAGCAAAUGUGCGCUUUAUGCCAGAGUGUCUGUGCUAUAUAUUCCAUAAUAUGGCAUAUGAACUCCAUGGUCUGUUGGCUGGAAAUGUCAGCAUUAUCACUGGAGAGAAUAUCAAGCCCUCUUACGGGGGAGACGAUGAGUCUUUUCUGCGAAAGGUCAUUACACCCAUUUAUCGAGUAAUUGACAAGGAAGCUAAAAAGAGCAGAAAUGGAAAAGCCCCCCAUUCAGCUUGGUGCAAUUAUGAUGAUCUCAAUGAGUAUUUUUGGUCAUCUGCUUGUUUCUCUUUAGGUUGGCCUAUGCAUGACGAUUGUGAUUUUUUCAAGUCAACAAGUACAGUGACACAGAAACAAGGAUUAUGUAUAGCUUCAAGAAACCCGGGAAAGUUGUACUUUACUGAAACCCGUUCAUCUUGGCACAUUUUUCGAAGUUUUGAUCGUUUGUGGACUUUCUUUAUAUUGGUACUACAGGCUUUGUUUAUCAUUGCGUGGAGUGAAAUCUCUUUAUUAGAUAUAUUUCAAAAGGAUGUCCUAUACAGGCUGUCCAGCAUAUUCAUCACUGCUGCAUUUCUUCGUUUCCUACAAAGUGUGCUGGACCUCUUUCUGAACUUCCCGGCAUUUCUUAGAUGGACUUUCUCCGAUGUCAUGAGAAACAUUCUCAAGAUUGUUGUUAGCCUUGCAUGGUCCCUUCUUCUCCCUGUUUGUUAUCUGCACCAGAACAACUCACUAGACUUCAACACGAUCAAAGAUGUUCUUUCAUUACUAAAUCAAGUUAAAGGGAUCCCUCCAUUAUAUCUCUUGGCUGUGGGUUUAUAUCUACUUCCAAAUGUACUAGCAGCAGUUUUGUUUAUGUUUCCUAUCCUCUUAAGGUCGAUUGAGAAUUCAGACUACCUUAUCAUAAGGCUUCUUCUAUGGUGGUCACAGCCGAGAGUGUAUGUUGGAAGAGGAAUGCAUGAAAGUCAAUUUGUACUCGUGAAGUAUACUCUGUUUUGGAUACUACUCGUGUGUUGCAAAUUUACAUUUAGCUUUUUUGUCCAGAUAAAGCCUCUUGUCAGACCAACUAAAGAUAUAAUGAAUAUCAAACAUGUUCAUUAUGCAUGGCAUGAGUUCUUUCCAAAAGUCAGAAGUCACCAUGGAGCUGUCAUUUCACUCUGGUUACCAGUUUUGCUGGUAUAUUUUAUGGAUACACAGAUUUGGUAUGCGAUAUUUUCAACCCUGUUAGGUGGGGUUAUUGGGGCCUUUGAUCGGCUAGGAGAGAUAAGAACUCUGGGCAUGCUAAGGUCCAGGUUCCAAUCACUACCUGGUGCAUUCAACAAGUAUUUGGUUCCUUCUGAUCCAAAUAAGACAAUGAGAACGCCAAAGCAUCUGUCCAAGGUCACUAGUAAUGGGAAAAGUGAAGCUGCAAAAUUUGCUCAGUUGUGGAAUGAGGUUAUUCGUUGCUUCCGUGAAGAAGAUCUCAUAAGUGACAGGAAAGAUUUCCAGAUAUUUUUCUCUGAAAUAACCUUCCUUGUCACCUCAUAUAGAACUGAAGUUGGUAUGUUUUUUCAUUUCAGAGAGAUGGACCUCAUGUUGGUCCCUUAUUCUUCAGAUCCUAGCCUUGAACUUAUCCAGUGGCCACCGUUUUUGCUUGCUAGCAAGAUCCCAAUUGCAUUGGACAUGGCAGUUCAAUUCCGAUCCAGAGAUUCUGAACUCUGGAAGCGUAUAAGUGCGGAUGACUAUAUGAAAUGUGCUGUUAUUGAAUGCUAUGAGUCCUUAAAGCUUGUACUUAAUGUGUUGGUAGUUGGAGAGACUGAGAAAAGGUUGAUAAGCAUCAUAAUUAGAGAAGUUGAAAAUAACAUUUCGAAAAACACUUUUCUGGCGAGCUUCAGAAUGGGCCACUUACCUACUUUUUGCCAAAAGUUUGUGCAACUUGUAGAAAUAUUGAAAGAUGCUGAUCCUUUAAAGCGAGAUACUGUUGUUCUAUUACUGCAAGACAUGUUUGAAGUAGUUACCUGUGACAUGAUGGUGAAUGAAAUUUGUGAACUAGUAGAAUUUAAGAGGAGUAAAAAGGAUUCUGGAAGACAACUCUUUGAUAAAACAGAUGCGCUAGAUGACAUCGUGUUCCCUCCUGUAGUGACAGCUCAGUGGGAAGAACAGAUAAGGCGCCUAUAUCUCCUUUUGACAGUCAAAGAAUCUGCUGUUGAUGUGCCAACAAACCUUGAAGCUCGCCGAAGGGUGACUUUCUUCACAAAUUCAUUGUUCAUGAAGAUGCCAUAUGCACCUCGAGUGCGUAAAAUGCUUUCAUUCAGUGUCAUGACUCCCUACUACAGUGAAGAGACUGUAUAUUCGAAGAGUGACCUUGAAAUGGAAAAUGAAGAUGGUAUUUCGAUCAUAUACUACCUGCAAAAAAUAUAUCCAGAUGAAUGGGACAACUUUAUUGAGCGGCUCAACUGUAAAGAAUGUGAACUUUGGGAUACUGAAGAGAAUAUUUUACAGCUUCGCCAUUGGGCUUCUUUGAGAGGCCAGACACUGUGCAGAACAAUUAGAGGGAUGAUGUAUUACAGAAGGGCUUUGAAGCUUCAGGCCUUCCUUGACAUGGCAAAGGAGAGUGAAAUGUUGGAAGGAUACAAAGCUGUAACCCUUGCACCAGAGGAGGACGUUAAUAGUCAGAAGUUGUAUGCUCAAUUAGAAGCUGUAGCUGAUAUGAAGUUCACCUAUGUUGCUACUUGCCAGAACUACGGGAAUCAAAAGCGACAAGGAGAUCGUCACGCAACUGAUAUUUUGAAUUUAAUGGUCAAUAAUCCAUCCCUUCGUGUUGCAUAUAUUGAUGAAGUUGAAGAAAAAGAAGGUGAAAAUAUACAGAAGGUAUAUUAUUCUGUACUGGUCAAAGCAGUUGAGAACCUCGACCAGGAGAUCUACCGCAUAAAAUUGCCAGGCUCUGCAAAGAUUGGAGAAGGCAAGCCUGAAAACCAAAAUCAUGCUAUAAUAUUUAGUCGAGGCGAAGCUCUUCAGACCAUAGAUAUGAAUCAGGAUAAUUAUUUGGAAGAAGCUUUUAAAAUGCGAAACCUGCUUGAGGAAUUUAAUGAGGAUCAUGGAGUGCGUCCACCAUCUAUAUUGGGCGUUCGUGAGCACAUCUUCACUGGAAGUGUUUCUUCUUUGGCAUGGUUUAUGUCAAAUCAAGAAACAAGUUUUGUAACUAUUGGCCAAAGAGUUCUUGCAAGACCGUUAAAGGUUCGUUUCCACUAUGGGCAUCCAGAUGUGUUUGACAGGAUAUUUCACAUAACCCGUGGAGGGAUUAGUAAAGCUUCUAGGGGCAUCAAUCUAAGCGAGGACAUUUUUGCUGGUUUUAACUCGACACUGAGACGUGGGAAUAUUACUCAUCAUGAGUAUAUCCAAGUUGGCAAGGGAAGAGAUGUUGGGCUAAAUCAAAUUUCACUUUUCGAAGCAAAAGUGGCAUGCGGUAAUGGAGAGCAGACACUCAGCCGAGACAUCUACAGACUAGGCCAUCGUUUUGACUUCUUCCGGAUGCUAUCAUGUUUUUUCACGACAACUGGUUUUUAUGUCAGUUCGGUGAUAGUUAUUCUUACAGUUUAUGCAUUCUUAUAUGGGCGGCUUUACUUGUCAUUGAGUGGACUAGAGAGGACAAUAGUUAGGUUUUCUAGGUCUAAAGGGAAUAAUGCUCUGACGGCUGUCAUGGCUUCACAGUCAGUUGUUCAACUUGGUUUAUUGAUGGCAUUGCCCAUGAUUACGGAGAUUGCUCUGGAGAGGGGGUUCAUAACUGCUGCAAAAGAUCUUGUUAUAAUGCAGCUUCAGUUAGCACCUGUAUUCUUUACUUUCUCCCUGGGGACCAAGGCCCAUUACUUUUGCCGCACGAUUUUGCAUGGUGGGGCUACAUACAGAGCUACUGGGCGUGGUUUUGUUGUGCGACAUGAGAAGUUUGCUGAGAAUUACAGAAUGUACUCAAGAAGCCAUUUCACAAAAGGGUUCGAAAUGUUGAUCUUGCUGAUGGUUUAUCAAAUCUAUGGCUCGGCAACUCAAGAAUCCACAUCUUACAUAUUUCUGACCUUUUCAAUAUGGUUUUUAGUAGCUUCUUUUCUAUUUGCUCCUUUCCUUUUCAAUCCUUCGGGAUUUGAGUGGCCCAAGAUAGUAGAAGAUUAUGAUGAUUGGUCAAAGUGGAUAAGUCAACAUGGUGGUAUUGGUAUUCCAGCAGUCAGAAGUUGGGAAUCCUGGUGGGCAGAGGAACAAGAGCACCUGCAAUGUACUGGAUUGAUUGGACAAUUGGCUGAAAUUAUUCUUUCUAUCCGCUUCUUCAUUUACCAGUAUGGAAUUGUCUAUCAUCUACAUGUGGCCAAUAACGACAAAAGCAUCAUGGUUUAUGCUUUAUCUUGGCUGGUUAUCAUUACUAUCAUGAUCAUCUUCAAGCUGGUGUCUAUGGGGAGAAAGAAGUUUGGUGCAGAUUUUCAGUUGAUGUUCCGGCUUCUCAAGCUGUUCCUCACUGUUACAUUUAUAGUCACAAUUGUUAUCUUGUUCAAGGUUCUCGGUCUUACAACUGGAGAUAUCUUUAUCAGCUUACUGGCCUUUUUGCCCACAGGAUGGGCUCUUCUUCUGAUCGCACAAUCAUGUAGGCGACAGGUAAAAUGGUUGGGAAUGUGGGGAUCUGUGAAAGCUCUAGCAAGAGCGUACGAGUAUCUCAUGGGGCAUAUGAUUUUUAUACCUGUUGCGUUGCUAGCAUGGUUCCCUUUUGUCUCAGAGUUUCAAACUAGGCUCCUUUUUAACCAAGCUUUUAGCAGAGGGCUCCAGAUACGUCGAAUUCUUGCUGGUGGAAAGAAGAACAAGUGAGUUUGCCAUAGAGAAGAUUCAGAAUCUUUUUGCAGUAGAAGCUGAGUUUUCUUAAAGGUUCCAAAUCAAAGCAGAGAUACAGUAAAUGUCUGUAAAUGUCAUUACAACAACACGUCUUACAUGAAUACAUACCUCUCUCAGAUGAUGCUUCUUCUGUGUCGCAACACGUUAAUCAACCCAUUGUACAAUGAUAUGUCUACAGACUUUAGUAGAUUUUUAGAAGUGCUGAAAAUUGGAUGCAUGUCAUGUCAGUUUUUCGUUGCUUUUUACCACACUACUUGUAUAGUUUUUUGGUUUUUUUUUUGACAUAAACACUACUUGUAUAGUUAUAUUCACACUUGGUAGUAGUCAUGCCUGCCAUAUCCAGAUGUCAGUUGCUGUAAAUAAGGCUCGUCAUUCGAUUUAUAUUAAAAGUUCGCAUCCAA